UUUAAUUAUAAGCGUUAUCUUAUCUUCUAUCCAUCCAGAAGUUGAACAAAUUUCUUCCAUCCAACACAAGAGCAUUACAUUAACUAGUUAAUCGAUCAUGAAUAAAACAUUAGCAGGCUCCUCCGACUACCAACCAAUACCUCCUCCGCGACCGCAACCUCCCGUCGAAUGGUCUACCGGGUUAUGUGAUUGCUUCUCUGACUACGACAAUUGUUGCCUAACGUGUUGGUGUCCAUGGGUAACAUUUGGUCGAACUGCAGAGAUUCUUGAAAAGGGAUCCAUUUCUUGUGGUUAUAGUGGUUUGAACCAUUUUGUAUAUGGCCGCUUAUACUCAGUCUACUACCGAAGAAAGAUGAGAUCUCAGUACAAUUUGAAAGGAAAUAAUUGCUUGGAUUGCUUGACUCAUUUCUUUUGCAAUAGAUGCGCAUUGUGCCAAGAGUACCGUGAGCUUGAAAAACAUGGAUUUAACAUGAAGAUCGGGUGGCAUGGAAAUGUUGAGCAACAGACAAGGGGAGUAGCCAUGACUUCAACCGCUCCAACAGUGGAAAAGGGCAUGACGCGUUGAAAGACUUUUUUACAUGGCUAGUGCAAUUUUCAAAACAAAUUACUAAACUAGUGCAACUUUUGUUUUAAUUACAAAAAUAGUGUAAAUCGCCACUUGAAGUGGCGAUACCUCUUAAUUUUUUUAUGAAAUCGCCACUAGCAGUGGCGAAACCAUAAUUUCUUUUUGACUUUGUUUAUUAGUGACGGAAAAGUAUCCGUCACAAAUUUCGUCGCUAAAAUUUUGCCACGAUAGUAUUCACGCUUCAAUUUCCGUCGCUAAAUUCUUUUUCAAUAUUCACUAGGAUUUUGAGACGAAAUUUACUUCGUCGCAAACAGAAUUCCGUCGCUAGACAUUUUGCGACGGGUGCUAUCUCUCUUCACAUUCGGUCACUGAUACCAUUUAUAUUAUAUAUUAGGAUUUUGUGACUGAUACAAUUCGGUCACUAACAAAG